AUGAAGAAGUACCUGAUUCUCAAGACGUAUUCCAUUGUAGCUAAAAAGGGAACUCAAGCUCUUCAUCCGGCGUUGGUUGGAACCGGUCUAACCCACUUGUUAACACAGGCCUCCUCUGACAACGGAUGCUUCCCCUAUCUGAGCCCAAAGGCGCAGAGAAUCCUCGGCAGGAUGGACCGGAGCGAGAGUCACAUGAAUGUGAAGUUGGGCAAAACUGACUCACGGUCUCCUUCCCGAGCUGAACCUGUUGUAUCGUACGCGGAACUUAAUUUCAAGACCCUCUCCGCGCCCCGGGUCCGGACAGAUAGAGACACGCAGAGGAUCCUCGACAGGAUAGACGGCCGCGAAGCUUCCAUGAAUAAGAAAUGCACAAACACAGGCUCAGGGGCACCUUCUCGAGACGAUGUGACCUCCACCUACACCGAGCUGAACAUUCGGAAAGUCGAACCAGCAGAUGGUCUGGACCCCACCUACUCUCAGCUGAACUUCCGCCAAAAUGAACUUCACAUCGCUGAGGAUGAUGAUCCUUCUGUUGCCUCGGGACCAGGAAAAAUGCCAUUGACUGCUCAGGCAGGUCCACAUACAGAGCAGCCGAAAGAUAAAAUCAGAAAGAAACCGGACCGGAAGAUCUGCCUUCUCUGCCUAGUUACAUCCGCCCUCAUCGCGAUAGUGGCCGGGCUCUCGAUCUACGUAUUACAGAUUCGUCAGUCUCAAAUCAGCAGCGACAAAAACUACACGUUAUUUUGCCAAUUCCUGACCAGUAAAAGAGAGCAAGCGUGUUCCCAGCACUGGAUCAAAAACGAAGACCGAUGUUAUUUCAUAUCCACGUUGGAAACAUCUUACGACGAAGCAAAGAAAUAUUGUUCGAACAUUGAUGCAAUGCUGCUGGAAAUAAAUUCAGAAGAAGAGAAGAAUGUUGUUUCCAAAUCUCUCGUCCAUCCAUUCAUUGCAUACUGGAUUGGAAAAUGCGAAGCCGGGGAAGCGGCUUCUAGUCUUAUGUACAGGGAUAGCCUUGGAAGGUCCACUUGCCGUAACUGCGACUCGGACGAAUGGAAGAAACUUUGCAAAAGUCAACACAGUUUUAUCUGUGAGAAGCGUUCACAUUUGUUCACCGAUAUUCCUGAAAAGAUCCGGGAUCUCUGUCAACAGUCCCAAGGACCAAAUUGA